AUGACCACAGGAACACUGCGAUGGCCAAAACGUCAAGGAUUGGUUAGUAAUUAUUUAGUGUUCAUGGCAGAGCUGUUCUGGUGGUUUGAAGUUGUGAAGCCAUCAUUUGUCCAGCCUCGAGUUGUAGGUCAUCCUCAAGCUGAACCUCCAAAAGAAGCAUCUUCUGUUCCUCCUACAAAUGCCAAUCAAAGAAGUUACCCGGGUGUUUUGCAUGGUUCUGAUCUGAUAACCAGUGUGGGGACUUCAACUUUUAUACCAUCUCAUCAGAUUCCUCCUGCAAGGCACACUCAGCAACAGCCUUACUCAUCUGUUCCAGGCAGCAUUAAAAGAUCAACAUCUAUGUCCUACAUGGAUGGAUACGUAGGGACAUGGCCCAAAGAAAAAAGGUCUUCAGUACAUGGGGUUUCAUUUGAUAUUUCUUUUGAUAAAGAAGACAGCAUCCAUAUGACACCUCCAAAUAGAGGAAUUACGAGAUCUCUUAGCAAUGAAGGCCUUGUACAGAAUACUAACCAUAUGCCAAGACACGUUAAAAAGAAUAUAUCUUUCAAGCCUCUAAAUGAUGAAGAGGACAGUGAGGAUAUUGAAGAAGAAAAAGAUGUAGAAUUUUACAGUGAUCUGGAAGCAGACAGCAAUCAAAGAAAUGCCAACCAAGUUAACACAUACACCCUACCAAAUGGAGCAUUGCAAAACAGGUUGGUUACUGAUGAAUUUGGCAAUCAAAUUGAGACACCAAGCAUUGAGCAGGCUUUGCAGAUUAUCCAUGAUAGUGAGAAAUCGGCCAAUAUUACUCAACCAGCACAAUUUACAAAUGGGUUUUUCCUUCACAACAAAGAGAUGAGCAUCCUAAAUUCAAACAUAAAACCUAACCAAAGUAGCCCUGAUAUUAUCGCAGAUACAAAAGGUGCCCUCAGUCCUGUAACUGAUAACACAGAAGUAGAUACUGGAAUACAUGUCCCUUCAGACAUUCCAGAGACUAUGGAUGAAGAUUCUACUUUAAGGGAUUAUACAGUAAGCCUGGAUUCCGAUCUGGAAGAAUCAUCUCGGUUUCUGCAUGAAUGUGACAGCAGAGGCGUCAACCAUAAGGAGCAAUUGAGUCCUUGUCCAAGCUCAAUAAGUGCCAAAUCUCAAGCUGGCAGUAGUCCAUCUUCAAGUUCAGGAGUUAGAAUGACCAGCUUUGCAGAGCAGAAAUUUAAAAAGAUGAAUCACACUGACAGCAGGAGCAGUGGAAGCAGUUCUCAGAAAACCACCCCAGAAGGCUCUGAGCUGAACAUUCCACACAUUGUUUCUUGGGCUCAAAUACCAGAGGAAUCCCCUCUCCCUCAGGGAAGGGACACAACACAGUUGCUGGCCUCUGAAAUGGUGCAACUGAAGAUGAAACUGGAAGAGAAGAGGCGAGCAAUUGAAGCCCAAAAGAAGAAGGUUGAGGCUGCAUUCACAAAACAAAGACAAAAGAUGGGAAGAACGGCAUUCCUUAAUGUUGUGAAAAAGAAAAGUGAUGGGAUUUCACCACUUCGAGAAGAAGCAGCUGGAGCAGAAGGUGAGAAAGUGUUCACUGAUAACAAUAGAGUGAAAGAAAAAGAAAGCCAGAAGUCAGGUGAACAACUAAAUAAGACAUCUGAGGUCCUAAAAGCAACCACUGAAACUCCCUCAACUAUGUGGCUGAAGUCGCCAAACACCCCAGUUGAUGCUGAGAAGCAAUCUAAUUUGAUAAGUCCCUCAGAAGAGAAUUUAAAUGAAGGUGAUCUUUUAGAAUAUACAAAAUCUAUUGAGAAGCUCAAUUCUUCUCUACAUUUCCUGCAACAGGAAAUGCAACGCCUGUCACUUCAGCAAGAGAUGCUAAUGCAGAUGAGGGAGCAGCAAGCGUGGGUUAUUUCACCUCCUCAACCUUCUCCUCAAAAGCAAAUUCGGGAAUUGAAGCCUUCAAUGAGGCUUAGUGGAUCAUCAUCUCCCAUUGUUCCAUUUUCAGUAGAAGCACCUCGGCCAUCCCACCAAUCCCCACAGUCUUCUUCUAGGAAGAAUUCGUCUCUCCCAAGUAAAAUGCAAAGGACUCCAAGACCAAAUGAAUUGAAAAUUACACCUUUGAAUCGCACUUUGACUGCCCCACGAUCUGUGGAUAGCCUUCCACGUUUGAGAAGAUUUUCUCCAAGCCAGGUUCAAACUAGAUCUUUUGUUUGUUUUGGGGAUGAUGGUGAGCAGAACCCUGUGAAUGAAGUAAAAAACAUAACUCAAGAAGCUGCUGACAAGGUAGAAGCAAGUGAAAAAGAUUCUGAGAAACAAGAGACUGAAGAGAUAGUUGGGCAAAAAUCAGAAGAAGAACAGAUGAGACCUCUGGAAUCCAUGGUAUCUGAAGUAUUGUCACAGCCCAUUACAGAAAUUGUCUGCCUUACUCCAAAUGAAGAGCCUUUGACUCCACCAGUGUUGCCACCACCUGCAAUUAAAACUGCUAACCUCAUAGAAGUUUCUCUCACAGAUUUGAAGCCACCAGAGAAGUCAGAAGAGUCCGUUGAGAAAUCAGAGGGUGAGAGUGACAAAGAACAACCAGAGGAUGACCAAAAAGUGUGCUGUGGAUUCUUCUUCAAGGAUGAUCAAAAACCAGAAAAUGACAUGGCUGUGAAACGGGCAGCAUUAUUGGAAAAGCGAUUAAGAAGAGAAAGAGAAACUUUACUUCGAAAGCAGCAAUUGGAAGCAGAGAUGGAGCAUAAGAAAGAAGAAACAAAGAGGAAGUCUGAGGAAGAACGUCAGAAGAAGGAAGAUGAAAGAGCACGACGAGAGUUUAUUAAGCAGGAAUAUAUGAGGCGGAAGCAACUGAAACUAAUGGAAGACAUGGACAUUGUCUUAAAGCCUCGCCCUCACUUUUCCAAACAAAAGAAGGCACGUCCAAAAUCCAUUCAUAGGGAUCACAUUGAGUCACCUAAAACUCCAAUCAAAGGUCCUCCAGUAUCAAGCCUUUCUCUAGCAUCACUAAACACAGGAGAUAAUGACAGUAUGCAAUCAGGCAAGAGAACACCAAGGUCUGAGUCUGUGGAAGGAUUCUUAUCUCCAAGUUGUUGUGGUAGUCGUAAUGGGGAAAAAGACUGGGAAAAUGCAUCAACUACUUCUUCAGUAGCUUCUGCUACAGAAUAUACAGGACCAAAGCUCUACAAAGAACCCAGUGCAAAAUCCAAUAAGCACAUCAUCCAAAAUGCACUUGCCCAUUGUUGUCUGGCUGGAAAAGUAAAUGAAGGACAGAAGAAUAAAAUACUAGAGGAAAUGGAGAAAUCAGAUGCUAACAACUUCCUAAUCCUCUUCCGGGACUCAGGCUGCCAAUUCCGAUCUCUAUAUACACACUGCCCUGAAACUGAAGAGAUCAAUAAGCUGACUGGGAUAGGCCCCAGAUCAAUCACUAAGAGAAUGAUCGAGGGGCUCUAUAAGUACAACUCUGACAGGAAGCAGUUCAGCCACAUACCUGCGAAAACGCUCUCUGCAAGUGUUGAUGCCAUUACCAUUCACAGCCAUUUAUGGCAGAGCAAGAGACCAGUAACUCCAAAAAAGCUCUUAUCUUCAAAGACAUAGCUACCUGUGGGAAGAUAUACCUUGCUUGAGGCAACUGUGGCAAACGUGCACUUCGGAUUUGCUGUCUAUUACGAAAUAGACUCCAAUUUGGUAACAAGGCUUCUUUGAAGAACAAGCUCUGUUGUCAUUGCCAACUGGAAUGUAAACACAGUGUUGAAGACUUGCAGAAAACUGACACUUAGGUAUUGUGCAUCAUGAACAAUGGAUUCACACCUGGGGACUUUAGUUCAUGUUACUCAUGAUAUGUGUGUUCCUUUCCUCAGUUCUGCAGCUCUGAAUGUUUGCACACUUACAAUGACUGAAGUUUUAAAAGUUUUACAUUUAUUGCCUUAUACUGUUAGGCUUGUUUUAGAAUUUGCUUCUGUUCUUUAUAACUUUACUGGAGUAAUGUCUUAUUUGCCACACCACUAUUAUUGUAAUUAUAAUUAUUAUUAUUUUGUUAACGUCCUGCAGAUAACAAAGGGCCCAAGCCUGAUGCUCAACAAAAUUAAGCUUAGCUUAACUCCUUUUUAGCUCUGAUUCUUUUUAAAGGACAUCAUACAGGAGAAAAGCUUCUUGUAAGACAUGUGUAGGAUUAAAUGUUGCUAGCAUGUCUUAAACUCUAAUAAGGAAAUGUGUCUACUAUUGUUGUAAAGACAUCAUCCUUAUAUUUAACAAUCCAUCACGGCCCUGGUCCAGGGUAGCAUGAAAUGAAAACGUAUGCACUGGUAGGCUUUUUUCCCUCCUUAUUUUCUUCUAAACAGGCAACCAUUCUUCAUUUCUGCCCAAGCUUCUGCUUAAAUUGCAUCCUGUAAUUUUGCACAGAUUUUCCCUGCUAUAAGGGGAAAAAAAACCACAUAAAUAAAACAAUAUUAACUGCAUAGAAGCCAACUUACAUAUGUUGGAACCAUAGGUUGGGACUAUUGCUACCAUUUAAAAUCCAGUAUUAGGUGUGUUAAAAUAAUACAUUUCAUGUGGGUCCUUUGCAGGAAGUAGAAAGAAAAAGAAGAUAAAUCUAGUAUACCACCAAGAUGUUGCCCAAUAUAUGGACCAAAGUUAAUUUUCUUUCAAGAUGCAGAAUAUACUGAGUUAAUUUUAUCUGAGUAAAUAACUGUAUUGGUUAGAUUUAUGACAUCUUAAGUCUAGCUGAAAGCAACUUGGGCAAUCUACAAUUUAAUAUAAAAUUAUCACUAGGACAUCUUUUCAGUAUUUAUGAAGGGCUGCAUAUCUGAUUACUUUAGAAAAGUAAUUCCUGUUUGGAGGCUUGAUUAACUGACAGGUGGCAACAUGUGAACUUGAAAUCUACCCUUAUUUUUCUUAUGGCUUUUUCACAUUCAUAUACCAGACAACUUAGUUGUGGGGUGGGAGGGGAGCUAGGUGGAACCACAUUCUCAGGAAAAGACUUGAAUUACUGCUCUGGUUCCGUUUCAGUAUUGUAAAAAGUGUUGAAACUUAAAGGCAGUAUUGAACUAUCUAUCUUAUGCUUGAACUUUAUAAUAUGUCCUGCAAAGGAAAAUGUAAACGUUCUGUACACUUCUGCCAUUGAAAUGCUUGAUUCAGACUAAUAUUUCACUACAAUUUGCUUUUGUUCUUUGUAUAGAUGAUGUACAGGAAUAAAAAAUCCUAAAUUUAGAAAACCCUUUUUUUAAAUUAUUAAACAGCCCUAAGCAUCAAUGUUUCUGGGUUGUUUAUCAAUUUUUUUCAAAGAUGCAAUUGAUAUUUUACUGUAAUUUAUGUUGUUAUAUUUAUGUAUAUUUGUUAAAACUAUAAAAAAAAACCCUAAAUCUAUUUGUGGUUAGUUCAUUCUUACUAUUUGCAUGUAAGGACUGGGAUAUCUAACCCAUCUUUUAUCCAAAUGUAAACAUAUUGUGUAAUAUACACACAUAUAUAUAUACUGCGCACACACAGACACACACGUGUGUGUGUAUUUGUGUGUGUGUGUGUGUGUGUGUAAAAUAGGAAAUUGUUCUAUGCAUUCUACCCUUUAAGCUUCUCCUCCAACUAAUUGCAGAGGGAAAUGUUAUUGCGAACCCAAAUAAAUGUACACCUAAUUUAAAGAUAGUUCAAGUACAUCUGUGGUUGGGAGAGAAAAGUUAGGACAUAAUUGAGGUUGGUAAAAGAGGAAAUCAUGUGCAAGAUCUUUUAAUCUAAAGUAUUCUUGCUAAAGAAAUAAAUGUUAUUUAAAAUAUACACUACAUUGUUUCUUGCACACCUAUUUAAACAGGAUGAUUUCUAAAAUGUAACAGCAGAGAGGGUUAUUUUAAAUUAUUGAAUGUAUUAUGAAUUUUGUCUACAUUUUAGAAAGAUUCUGUGCAAUGUCUAAAGGUAGAAUGUGAAUAUUACAAAUAAAAGACCCCUGAUAUUAAAAUUUUA